GCCGGCUUUGAAUAUGUUUUGAUUGAUUCGUUACGUAAUAAUUGUUGUUUUUUGUCGAGUGGAAUAGCUCGAAAUGCUGCUGAGACAUUUCCUGGUGGCUCUAAGAGCCUCAAAGACCGCGUUCUCCCUUCAAUCUCCCAUAAAUCUUCCUGCAAACUGCACCCUGUUCGCACCCCAGCGAUUUUAUAGCAACGUGCCGGAAAUUGGAAUUGUGGACUACGAUGUGGUGAAAAAUCUUGCUCCACAGAAACUGCUCAUAGAUGUCAGGGAACCUGACGAGCUUACGAAGACUGGCCAAAUCCCUUCCAGCAUCAACAUACCCUUAGGCAUAGUCAGCCAGGAGCUAUCCACCAGCGCUGAACUCUUCAAAUCAAAAUAUGGCCGAGAAAAGCCACAAGCCAGCACAGAGAUUAUAUUCCACUGCAUGAUUGGCAAGCGGAGCCUGAAGGCUGCCGAAGCAGCCGCCGCCCUGGGCUUCAAGAAUCUGAAAAACUACGAGGGCUCCUGGACAGACUGGGCCAAGCGCGAAGGAUUGCCCAAGUAGAGAAAAAGAAUAACAAAUGCAAUAAAAUUUC